AUCAAAAUGAUGUUUGUUUCAGAAUACUUAUCCACUUCCUACCUUCAACCGAUUUGGUUCAAACAGCUCAACAACUUUACUAGGUACUAUUAAAUUGUUUGUUAUUUUUAUACAACCACAGUCCGUACACUAGAGCCGCAAAAGUAUCUAAAUUUUGUACACAGUUCUUUUGGCACAAACUACAAGUUCAUAAGAUUGUCGGACAUACGGUUACUAAACCCUAGUACAUUGUCUGCUUCCCUUAUGGAGCAGCUCUUUGAGUUCCCAGCCCGUGCGAUGGGCCUGGGAUUGGUCCAAAUGCCACAGAUGCAGAUACCAAUCCCAUGUAGGAGGGAAUACUCGCUAAAUCCGAACGCAGUGGAAUUCGUGCCAUCUUUUCGCCAGAAAUCCGUGCUUCCAAGCCCAGUGACCAAAUCGGAGUCGACCUCAACUACAACAUUGCCGCAUCCCGAGGUCGUUGGUGAUGAUGUGAAUCGUGUGGAAAAUGGUUUUCUUCCCAAGCGCCAGAUCUUGGAGUUACUCAGUCAACUGGGAGAUGAACAAAUGCCUCUGGAAGAGAUCGUGGUGGGUGUGUUACCAGGAGGACAUGGUCUUAAUAUGACUUUCACCACCAAACGGCGCGAUCAGCUGCAGCCUUUGGGCCGAAAUGGUCCAGUAAACCACGGUCAGCAGUGCCUCCUACUGGCGGUAGGCGAUCAGGGGAAGCUGGCCAACAGACCAGAGACCGUCCUUGUCACCCAAUUCCUCAUCCGGGUCAACGACCUUUUGAACGAGAAGUAUGAGUACGGUGGCGAUGGAUCCGUGUGCCCCAGGUGCACUCUGUGCUCCAAUCGCAGUUAUACGGAGCUGGAAAUCGAAAACCAAAUCGACUGCAUAAAGGCUUUUGAGAAAUUUUUCAACUUCACAGAAUCAACUUGCUACCAAGACUUGGUUUCUCACAACGCCUUCAAGGAGCUGUGCCACAGGCUGGGCUUGAUCGUGAGCCGAGAUCCAAUCCAAGUCAACCGAGCUUCCACAGUGGUCCCUCCACCCUCGGCACAGUCCUCUAGUCUAACCGUUUGCAUGUCCAAUAACGAGAUGAAAUCCCAUGUGGAGGCCAAGGCUGACGCAGAGGACGAGUCUUAUUCCAACGGUAGUAAGCUGUCCGCGGAUGGAAGUGAACACCCAUCCAUUUCGAAUGAAUAUGUGAGGGGAAAGCUUUACAGAUACGAAGACUCUGACGGAUCGCAGCUGGUGAACGAGCUGAGUGAGACUCAAGAAAAUAAUGAACCUGUGAUGGUAGAUGACCUCCAGUUGGAUUUAGCACCAACCACGCCGCCCAAGGCCGUGCUAACCACUAGUGUGCCGGCCACCUUUCCUCGGGUGUACAAAUCGGCCAAAGCCAAAUGCUCGGCUCGCGGGGCAGGAUCUAGUGGUCAACAGAGUGGCUACAGCAACAGAGCAGUCCGCUCAAUGAUGCAGCCAGCAAAGGGCUCACCCACGGCUUCACAUUUUCGGACUAUUGCAGUUGGUGGCCACGAUCAAGCUGGAUCGGCUGCCCCCCGAAAGCUCCAAAUGGAUUUGUGCCCAAACGGGCUUGCCAGCAAGAAAAAUAGGUUGACUGAAGCAAAAUCCGGAUGUGUUUAUCACCCAUCUGGUAAUACGCAAGGAGUUGCAACAGGUCGCGUCACCAAGCAAGGAAAAGCUAAUGCAAUCGUACAAAAACCGCAGUCAAAUCAUAUUUGCAAGACCGGAAAAAUGUCCGCGGCCAGUAGGAUUGCCAUGACCAAUCCAAAGCAAACCAAUGGCAACUCGCAGCGAAUGAUGCCAAGAAGCACAAACGCCUCAAUGAUGCGUCAAUCCGAGGUCAAGCGGCGCAUGAGUUUGAUGCGCGGCGACAGCAAUUUGGAUUUGCUCUAUAACGAAUAUCUCUUCAAAUGAUUUGCAAAUAAGUUAUAUGAUUUGUUGCUUCCCUUUCAAAUAUAUUAGUUUUUCCAAUCCAA